AUGCCACGAUCACCUUCGUUUCUUGCAUCCUACCACGACGAUGGGCUCAGCUCCCCUGACCCCCUAGCGGACUCCUUCGAAGACGGUGCCACCGGAAAACGUGUGUCGCGCCCUGUCCGCACAUCUUCCCCAAGCAAAAACAGCGCCGCCACAAGACGACGUUCCCGCCGAGCUACCGGCGCAACUGCCUCUACGCCCCUGUUUCAUUCAGUAUCCGAACAGAAUCUAAGUCCGUGGAAAAUCAAGGUCACCGUGGAGGCUGAGCCCGAAGAUCCAGAAAUGGAGGGCAUAGCGCCGCGAACAAUGACCCGAACAAUGAAAAUACCCUUGAGGCACGACUCUUCACCUACGAAUCUAGAGGCACGAUUUUCGAGAGAAAGAAAUUCGGCUACAGCACCAGGGAAGAGCAAGCGGAGUGGGACUCCUGUGCGAGGAGCUAGAAACACAAGUCGCUCCAGACGACAAAGCGUGACUGACCUGAACGUACGACCCCUGGGCGACGAUGCGGAAGAGGACGACUGGCUGAGGCAGAAGAAGUCGCCACGAAAGCAGGGAACUUCACGAAGCAGGAAGGCUGAUGAAGGGGACUCGACGUCUUCUCCAGUGAAACCAGGGAGGAAGUCUGCCCAAGCUGCAGUUGAAGUCCGACAAGAUACAGACGCUGAAGAUGGCUAUGAUGGAAUCCAUCAGCAAGGAAGUACGCCGGAGUCGGAGUCUCCAGAAUUGCGCACAAUUGAUCUGAACAGAGUAUCGGUUCGAGGAAGACCAGUUUCGGCCAAAUCCACAACGGACAGUAUGCCCGAUGGUGACGAGAAGGACCCAGACACACAACAAUCACUGGCGAAACCGUCGAGGCAGAAGGGCAAAGAAGUACGAAAGGUAUCAUCUAAUAGUGCGCUAAGUUAUCCGACGCCGUCGCCUUCCUCAUCCUUUCAUGGUGACCCAGACGAUGUGGAAGAUACCCUGCAACAAGAUACAGAGGGCCGCAUGACGGGAGAAGGAUUCGAUACAGUACUUGAAAGUGAAGGGUUCACGAUGAUUGAUCUUGACACCCUACCCUCGGCAAGACAAUUUCGCAGCAGUCCCGCUAUGGCUGCCGAAAGUCAUCCUGCUGGACAAGAACGAGAGAAUAAGCCUUCGGAUAACCCUGACAAGACCCACGCGUUGGCACCAGCGGGCGACGUAUCCUAUCCUGCUCUAAACGCCGAUGAAAGUGAGAUUUCAAGUACGGUGCCAUCAUCUCCUCCAGUCAUUGAACAAGAUAGGAGCCUGUUGAAGGUGCCUGCUCCCUCAUCGGUGGGAAUUCGAAGAGUAACACCGCAGCCCUACUCAUCCCCAAAACUGCCUUCACCUCCCAGACACAUUCUACAACGGACCGCUAAUCACAGACACCGUGGAUCGGCCUCGGCGUUGUUUGCAGGCAUUGCUCUGCAGGAGGUAGUGUCCCCAGAACAUUCCGAGCGGCACCACUCUUCUCAGCAGAAACAAAGCUCUGUAAGCCGUCCAUUGUCAAGUCAUGAAGAUCAUCUGUUCGAAGGGUUUGAUUCCAGGACAAAACGCGAGCUGAGGGCAGGCCUGCGCUUUGGAGAAGAGCUUGCGAAGCGACAAUCCUCUGAUCCAGCGGAUAGAGCCACCCCUGGCGAGGCACCUGCACGGAAGGGUGAUGUGGCCGGAUUGGGCAUUUCUUCAAGGCAUGAACAACCAAAACCUCAGCAAGCAACUCAGGUGCGGAGGGGCGAAACUGUGGUCCAGCAUACACCAGUACAUACUUCGAGUUCCAUGGGAGCAGAUUCGAGAAAAGGGGGCGGCAAUGUGACUCAAACACCUGAAAAUCAGUCAAUCAUGAGACAAAAGCCCGAACUGCUUGAUACCAUGGCUCGACGCGAACGUGAAUGGCAGCUCGAGCGUGAAGCAGUGUCAAGACAAAUCGAGAACGCGAGCGAGAGUCAAGUCAUCAUCAUUGACAGUGACGAUGAGUCUGCACUACCCGUGAAAGAGCAAAGCAUGGCUGAACACAGCCAAUGCGAUCAGCUACACGAGGACGAUGAAGAGGACAUUUGGCUGGCAGAGGCGAAGAACUCGUCGUCCAGUCCUUUACCUGCUACAAUAUCUGAUCUACCCGUGCAGAAUGAGCAACAUAAACAACUUCAUCCGCCCAAAGAAGUCAAUGACAAACCUCGAAGAGGUCUCAUUCCGAGACCAUGGCGGAGAGGUGAUGACAUUGCGCCUUCCGUUGAGCAGAGUACGUUCUUAUCCACCAAUUCGGAUGAAAUGAGCGGUCUGGGAUAUUGGAAAGAACAAGAAAGCAAAAUCAAAUUCGGAGCUGGUGAGAUCAGAAGACAUCAGCUUGGGCAGAGAAGAAGCAGUGGCACAUUUGAUAUUGAUCUUAUGCUUGGUACUCCGAAGAAGGAAGAAGAUCCAAAUCGGAGCUUCGAUACGAACGAUGGCUAUCACCAUGAACAGUCGGAUGAGCCGGCAGUUUCUGAGGAUAUGAAUGAUGCCAGCAACUCAACAGCAGAAUCAGUGGACGCUCCUGUUGAUGCUUUGGACCAAUCAAUCUCUUCACAAGAGGAGACUCAGGAUACUUCAGCAAUUGAUGAUACAUCCGUAGCACUCACCACGCCUCCAGUUCCACACCAAGACUCACCAGAUCCAGCACCUAGUCAACGACCACCUACACCUCGAUCUGCAUUAAAGGGGUCCAGAUACAGCGUUGGUCAGAUGACAGGUUUCGCGAAAGCAGAUACACCGACCAUGAUCAGAAGAGUUGUUUUCAGUGAAAGAUCAAGAGGGGUUGAUAUAGAUGGCAUGGAAAGCAGCUUCAGCAUGAAAACGGGAAGUGACGACACCACCCUGGGCGAGGCUGGAUUACAGCUGCGUCGCGAGUUGGAGGCUCAUGAGGAUGAACAUGAGGCCGGUCUAGAGCCUGAUUUGGAUCAUGACGUUGAAGAUGCUGCAGCUGAAGAGUCUGUUCACACUGUGAAUUCAUCAGCAUCUUCAGAACCUACACCCACACCAAAGCCUCAGUCCCGCCAAAAAGAAGAAAGACCGCCGAAAAGAAGCACAGAACCAGCAGCAGAAGUCAACAUUCAGCGGACAUUAUCAUCACCAUCUCCUAUCAGCAACCUUGACGGCACAUUGAGUCCAAAACAGCAGUCGCGCGAAGAACCGAAUUGGGAAAAGGCCAAAUUGGCCAUGUCUUCCAUCGAUAGACGAUCCAAUUCGACUCACCGAGGCUCAAAAACCAAGUCCCGGUUACCCUCAUACCUUCUUCCGCCAUCCUACCCGUCCGACCCAUCGCGACCCUCGUCGUCCAGACUCGGGCUUUCGGGCGAAUUUACCAACAGCCAUUUCCGUACUCUGCAUAUCAUCUAUCGGAAAUCCUUGCGCCCCAAAUUCCACGGACCAGGACGAGAAGCUAUUCGUCCCGAUGUACUUGCUCUCGAAGGUCGCGAGAUGGACAUUGACGAGACGGGCAGCGGCAUGGGCGAGAUGUUCACCUGGACGAUUGGGCCGACGGAAUGUGCCGUGAUUGAGAGAUUCAUGCAAGAGGUCGAAUACUCGAACGGGUUUUACCGUGGGAAGACGGUGAGACAAGACGAGGAUGUCGCGGGAGGAAGAGAGGACGGUGGAUUGAGAUGGGGAUGGACCGCAGAUCAGAUUGGAGAGUGGCUUUGUCGAAUUGUGGUGGGCGAAGUCGUGAGAGAAGAGGAGAAGAGGACGAGGGGAGGGAGAAGGUAG